CGGGGCGGGGCGGAGCAGAACGCGCGCGCCUGAGGCUGAGUUUCCGGUCGGAGGCCUUUGCCCAGCGCCCCGCGGCCCUGAGGGGCGGCGGCGCUGGCGGCGGCGGAGGCAGCGGGGGGAUCCGGAAGUCAACACCAUGUCGAGUCUGCACAAGAGCCGGAUUGCAGAUUUCCAGGAUGUCCUGAAGGAGCCCACGAUUGCCUUGGAAAAGCUUCAGGAACUCAGUUUCAGUGGCAUCCCCUGUGAGGGCGGACUGCGGUGCCUCUGCUGGAAGAUUCUCUUGAACUACCUCCCCUUGGAGAGAGCAUCAUGGACCUCCAUCCUGGCGAAGCAGAGGGAGCUGUAUUCUCAGUUCCUGAGGGAAAUGAUCAUCCAGCCUGGCAUCGCCAAGGCCAACAUGGGUGUAUCCAGGGAGGAUGUGACCUUUGAGGACCAUCCACUCAACCCUAACCCCGACAGCCGAUGGAACACGUACUUCAAGGACAACGAGGUGCUGCUGCAGAUCGACAAAGAUGUCCGAAGGCUGUGCCCAGACAUAUCCUUCUUCCAGAGGGCCACCGAGUACCCCUGCCUCCUCAUCCUGGAUCCGCAGAAUGAGUUCGAGACCCUUCGUAAGCGGGUGGAACAGACGACACUGAAAUCCCAGACGGUGGCCCGGAACCGGAGCGGGGUCACAAAUAUGAGUUCCCCGCAGAAGAAUGCGGCGCCCUCAUCCCUGAACGAGUAUGAGGUGCUGCCCAACGGCUGCGAGGCCCACUGGGAGGUCGUGGAGCGGAUUCUGUUCAUCUACGCCAAGCUCAACCCUGGCAUCGCUUACGUGCAGGGCAUGAAUGAGAUCGUGGGGCCCCUGUACUACACCUUUGCCACCGACCCCAACAGCGAGUGGAAAGAGCACGCCGAGGCGGACACCUUUUUCUGCUUCACCAACCUCAUGGCUGAGAUCCGGGACAACUUCAUCAAGAGCCUUGACGACUCACAGUGUGGCAUCACCUACAAGAUGGAAAAGGUGUAUUCCACCCUGAAGGAUAAGGACAUGGAACUCUACCUGAAACUGCAAGAGCAGAAUAUCAAGCCCCAGUUCUUCGCCUUCCGCUGGCUGACACUGCUGCUGUCCCAGGAGUUCUUGCUGCCUGAUGUCAUCCGGAUCUGGGACUCCCUGUUUGCCGACAACAGCCGCUUUGAUUUCCUCCUUCUGGUCUGCUGCGCCAUGCUCAUACUGAUCCGGGAGCAGUUGCUGGAAGGGGACUUUACCGUAAACAUGCGGCUCCUGCAGGAUUACCCCAUCACAGACAUCUGCCAGAUCCUACAGAAAGCCAAGGAACUCCAAGACUCACAGUAGCCUGGCGGCAAGAGGCCCAGGUUUGGGAGAGAAGCCACCGCCGACCGCUGUGCCCUGGCUUCUGGGACGUGCAGGAGCCCGUGGGGUCCCAGCCAGAGGGGCCGCUGCAGGAUCAGCCUGCUCCAGGCCUCUCACCCUGGCCGCUCCCACUGGAGGCCCGCUGUGCCGUGCUCCUUCCUAACCACCGAGCCCUGGCUCCUCCCCCCACUCCACCCCUUCCACCCUGGACCCUUCGCCCAGGCUGCUGAGCGAGGCAGGAGCUUGUGAGGUGGUUUCCUGGGGCUGGGGCAGAUUGCGGGCCCUGGGGGCAGGCAAGGGCCCCUCCCUGCCUCUGCUCUGCUGCUCUCUUCCUGCUCUCUUGCUCCAUCUUCUGGGCGCUGGUCGGGGAGGUGCUUGGCAGAUGAGCCAGAAACCACUUCUGGAGGUUGGUGCUUGGGCUUCUCCACAGGGAAGGUGACACCGUGAAGGAGCUAAGAGGCUGCCAGGCCCAGGUCUCACCCUCUGUCUCUUUCCCACGGAGUGUGUGUGUGAGUGUGUGUGUGUGUGUGUGUGUGUGUGUGUGUGUGUAGUUGUGGGUUGCUGUGUCUGUUUUUUAAUCCCCCUCGCGUGUGCUUCUGUCUGUGUGUUUCCAUGUGUCUGGAGGGAGGUGACUCCCUCUUGGUCUUUGCUUCUCCUUGUCUGUCUCUGCCUCCGUCUCCCUCUCUCUCCUUCCGCCUCUUUCACUGCGGGGGUGUGGCUCUCACUCUGUCCGCCCCUCUCUCCGUUGCUCGCUCUCUCCCCUCUCUUUGGAUUGCCUUAUCCCCAGCCUCUCCCCCACCCUCCUCUCUAUGCCCAAGAACCCUGGAGACAGGAUGAAGGGUCUGGCUCAGCCAGGCUCCUGGAGGUCAGCCUUGACCUCUGCAGCCUGUUCCCAUCUCCCAGCUCUAGGCUCCCAGGGCUCCCAGUCCACAGUGCCUCACUCGAGGGCCCUGAACCCUUGCCCCACUGCAGGAUUCUUGGAAACCCAGAGUUGCUGAGAAUUAAUAGCCCAUGAAGCUUUGCGCCUCACCCACCUGCCCAGGGAGGGAGGGGGGAGGAGAGGGAGAGCUGGGUCUUCCAGAGGUUCCCCCAAAGGUCCUUCUCUCCCAAAAGAAAAAGGACAUUAAGGUUGGGAUCCAGGUGCCUCUGAGGUGUAGUCGUUCCCAUGGCUUCCAGGUGCCGGCCCAGGGCAGGCGAACCCCAUAAUGGGCAGUGGGACCGAAGGGAGCCUCUCUGGGUCAGGCGUGGCCGAGCUCAAAGGCCUGGGUCCUGUCAGGGCCAGAAGAGCCAUGUCUCCCUCAGGCAGGGGAGCUGAAGGAGGUUGCAGGCCCUUCUCCAGUCACCUGCUCGGGCUGCUCCCAUGAUGUGGGGCACAUGCGUACCGAGUAGGAGCAGCCGGCUCCUCCCACGCUGGGCUGUGGGAGUUGUGGGCCUAUUCUGACCAAGGCCCUCCCUCCUUUUGUGAGGAGGCAGCUGGUUUGCAUCUGGAAGGCUGGGUGACGUAGCAUGGGCCCUCUUCAUCUCCCCAGACUGGCCAGCAGGGACCCUCAGGCCCCCCGGAAACUUCCUUAGCCUGACAGCCAGGACUUAUGGCUAUGGGCCGGGAACAGCUUCCCCAAGGAGGCGCCUUUCUAGGCUGUCCCUUGGAUGCUUCUAGGACUCCAUGCACUUGCCUUUUUCCUCCUCCUCUCCCAACACAGUAUUUGGGAGAUUUUUACUAUUUAUUCAGACUCCUGGUUAUUUAUUGCAGAUUGGCAAGUGCUUGAUUUGGGGAUGAAGGGUAGGGCUGGAAUGGUGGAAACCAGCUGGAUCCAUGGUCUUCCUGACCUUCCAAGGUCAGUCAACAUCCUCUCCCCCUGCCUCUAGGACCUUUCUGGUUUUCCAGCAGGUCCUGGCUGGGAGGGCCCUGAGCUCUGUAAUAGAACUGGGUGUAAGGGAGACGAGAGAGUUGGUAUCCUUGCCAGCCUCCAAGACCCCGGCACGGGGUAGAAACGCUGCUUCCCAGCAGCCUGGCUCACCCUCUUCCCAGAACUUGUCAGCUGGUGGUUCAGUCACAACUUGAUCCCUUCACAGCCUGUCGCUUGGACCACAGCCUGGGUCCCAGCAGGCACUGCCCAGGACACCUGAUGCAUUGCCUCUUGCCUGUCCCUCUGCCUUCCCUCCUGGUACCAUACUACUUGAAUCACUGCAUCUCAUUUGCCUCAGUGGCAGACCUGGGUCCAGUGCCCUCUCCUUGACCUUGUGAUGAAGGUCAAAAGAGCACAGGAACCACGUCCAGGUUAGACUGAGCUUGCCAAUGGGAGGACCUGCCCUUGGCAAUUCUCCCUCCCCAGACUCUCAAGGGAGGUCCCCAGAGAGCUAGAGACCCCGAGGCUUCCUGCUUGGGAAGCUGCCCCCAGGACUUUGGACACUUAGAGAAUGGGCUGUAUGAAUUCAGCAGGUCUCAUUCCAAGGGUCAGAAUGUUAGUCUGCUUUUGUUUUUUCGUCUGUUUUGUUCUUUGAAUCAAUGCUGUUGAUGAUAAGUUGUCUUUAAUAAAUCAUGUGUUCUUUGCA